UGCUGGAUGGCGGCCGCUGCCUUCGAAUGAAAGCGCUAAUGCUGAUUGAUCCCCGGACGUUCAUUCAUCUGAUUUGAGCUCUGCCGAUUAACCUGCUCCCUGACGUAACUUUCUUACGCUCCUUAUUUAUUUAUUUUCUCUUUUCGCAGCGACAUCGACGCUCCGCUCCGGCCGCUGACAUGACGGCGGCGCGCAGUCACCAGGGGGCACGCACACAGUAAUAACAACAAUAAUAGUGAUAAUAAUAAUGAUGCGUUUCAGGAAAGCUUCGCCACGACGGGGCUCCAUCGUUCCCUCCGCUCCGCACGAACGCGAACACGGCCGCGGCGCGAUGGAGAUGUGCGUGUAGCCGCAUGUGUCCGGCGGGACUGCCCCUGGCUUUUUUUUCUGGGGAAGAUCAUACUGGAUCAUAUUGUUUGCAGGACGCGGUUCCUCCCGCAGCCCCCCAAGUCUAUCCCGACGUAGCUGUGAAUUGAACAUGGCGACUGUACCAGUGUAUUGCAUCUGCAGAUUGCCUUACGACGUGACCCAGUUUAUGAUCGAGUGCGACGCCUGCAAGGACUGGUUCCACGGCAGCUGUGUUGGAGUGGAUGAAGAUGACGCUCCAGAUAUUGACAUAUAUCACUGUCCAAACUGCGAGAAGACCCAUGGUAAAUCCACAUUGAAAAAGAAAAAGAACUGGAGCAAACAUGACACGGGGCAAAGCACAGAUAUCAAGGCCGUUCAGAACGGAAGUCAGGUUUUCAUCAAGGAGCUUCGCAGUCGGACAUUUCCCAGUGCGGAGGAUGUGGUGGUGAAACUGAGCGGCAGUCAGCUCAACAUGGAUUACCUGGAGGAGAACGGCUUCAAUGAACCAAUCCUGGUUCAGAAGAAGGACGGGCUGGGCAUGUCCAUGCCCGCUCCCACCUUCUACAUCAGUGAUGUGGAGAACUAUGUUGGUCCCGACGUUGGCGUGGAUGUCGUUGACGUCACCAAACAGACGGACAGCAAGAUGAAGCUCAAAGAGUUUGUCGACUAUUACUAUAGCACAAACAGAAAGAAAGUGUUAAACGUCAUCAACUUGGAGUUCUCGGACACAAGGAUGAACAGUAUAGUGGAGAGUCCACAGAUUGUGCGGCGGUUGUCUUGGGUAGAAAACUACUGGCCUGACGAUGCUCUGCUUGGGAAGCCAAAGGUCACCAAAUACUGUCUGAUCUGUGUCAAAGACAGCUACACAGACUUCCACAUCGAGUGUGGUGGAGCCUCAGUCUGGUACCACAUCCUCAAGGGGGAGAAGAUCUUCUUCCUCAUCAAGCCCAUGUCUGCCAACCUGUCUCUGUACGAGCGCUGGAGAUCAUCGUCCAAUCACAGCGAAAUGUUCUUCGCUGACCAAGUGGACAAGUGUUACAAAUGCACUCUGAAGCAAGGCCAGACUCUGUUCAUCCCGUCAGGUUGGAUCAAUGCAAUACUGACCCCAGUCGACUGCCUGGCGUUCUCUGGACACUUUGUCCACAACCUGAGUGUGGAGAUGCAAAUGAGAGCGUAUGAAAUUGAGAAGCGGCUCAAGGUCAAAACCCUCACCCCCUUCUCCAACUUUGAGACGGCGUGCUGGUAUGUGGGACGACAUCUCCUGGAGCGAUUCAAAGGUUUACAUAAAGCAAAUAAACAACCAGCUCCAUAUCUGAUACACGGUGCCAAAAUCAUCAAUGGAGCUUUCAGAGCUUGGACAAAGAAACAGGCGCUCUUAGAACAUGAAGACGAGCUUCCAGAGAACAUGAAACCAUCGCAGCUCAUAAAGGAUCUUGCCAAAGAGAUCAGACUGUCAGAGAAUGCAACAAAAGCCAUUAAGAGUGAGCCCAGCAUUAAGGUGCCAGUGGAGGAGCCACCAUCCACUCACUCUGAGCCUGAGGAGCCUGUGUCGCCAGCACAAGUCCCCUCACCCAGCAGAGAGAAGGCUAGAAAGAAGGCUAUCAAACCUCCCAAGCCUCCCAAACCCCCAAAGAUACCCAAGGCCCCGAAACCUCCGAAGGUGCCGAAGGUCAAGGAAGGAGGAAAGAAGAAAGCGAAGAAGGCAAAAGAGCCGUCGCCGCCUCCUAAACCCUCCAGCUUUGCAGCUCUCGAGUCCCAUGCAAAGGACAUAUUGAGUAAAAUGGACCAGCCGAAAAAGAUGAAGGCUGUUAAAAAUGUCCUGAGUAUGUCAGAGAAGGAAAUAUCGAAGCAGAACAACGUGGAGAAGUUUGAAAUCAGAGAGCAGAAUAAAAACAAGACUGAAGCAAAAUGGAAGUAUAAGAACAGUAAACCUGACUCCCUGCUGAAAAUGGAAGAGGAGUGCAAAUUCGACAGAACACCACUUUCAAGCAAUAAAGACAAAUUCAGCUUUACUGUGUCUCACAAGAAAAUGCUUGGCUCCAAGACGCUGAAACCUCAGACCAACUCAAGUGUUUUUGGUUCAUUACAAAACCUAAAAGAGGACAAAAGCAAGCCAGUGAGAGACGAGUAUGAGUACGUCUCAGAUGAGGGCGAGCUGAAGAUUGACGAAUUCCCCAUCAGACGGAAAAAGAACACCGUUAAGAGAGAUCUUUCCUUUCUGUCAGAUAUCAGAGAGCCCAUUCAGUCAGCCAAAAAACCAAAGUUCCAACCCUUGGUGACUAAGAGCGUCGACUCUUCGGAUGAGGAGACUCUGCACAUAGACACAGAGACCAAGUCCGAGGUCAAAAGUCGCAACUCUAAGGUCAAGAAAAAGGCCGGCAGUGCCGCAGGGAUUCUUGACCUGCUGCAGGCGAGCAAGCAAGUGGGAGGGAUUGACUACAGCACCAACAGUCAGCCACCUGCAUCUCCCAGCACACAGGAGGCCAUUCAGGGCAUGCUGUCCAUGGCCAACCUGUCGUCUUCAGACAGCUUGCAGCAGCCGUGGAGCAACAGCCAGUCCAAAAACAAUAGCCAGUCGAAGAGCAACUCACACAGCGCGCAGGCUGGCAAGAAGGCCGGCGGGGGGGCCGGCGCCGGCGGAGGCAGCGGCAAGCGGCCCACCAAACGGCUCCCGAAGAAACCCAGGAAAAGCAGCAGCAUUGAGAGUCUGGAUUACGAUGACGACCAGGAUCACAUGGACGCGUGUUUCAAGGACUCAGAUUAUGUUUACCCCUCUUUGGAGUCUGAAGAGGAUAACCCUGUUUUCAAAUCGAGAUCGAAAAAACGGAAAAGCAGUGAUGACACUCCAUACAGCCCGACAGCCCGUGUAGGACCCUCAGUUCCCAGACAAGAGCGGCCGGCAAGAGAAGGAGCGCGAGUGGCGUCCAUAGAGACGGGGCUGGCCGCAGCCGCAGCAAAGCUUUCUCAUCAGGAGGAGCAACAAAAAACCAAGAAGAAGAAGAAAAGCACCAAAAAGAAGGCAAUAGUAAUUGAGGAGCCCCCAAAAAUCUCUCAGGACAGUAGCUCGCCGGAGCACAAUCUGGACUCCCAAGAUGGCAGCCUGACAGACCACGAGUUCAACACUGGAACGGUCAAGUCGCCGGGGGGGCCGCAGCCCAUGGCUCCCGGGGUCUUCCUCAGUCAGAGGCGACCGUCCAUGUCUUCUCCCAACAACAGCACCAACUCCACGAGCACCAACAGCAGCAGCACGGCGAAGGGGGAUCGUGUGGGGUCAGCAGAUGCCAAAGCGAAGCGGCUAAAGAAAGGCAUGGCAACAGCCAAACAAAGACUUGGAAAGAUUUUAAAGAUCCAUCGAAAUGGAAAGCUCCUCCUGUAGUAUGCAGCGGACUGUUGUAGGACUGGGAACUCAUGAGCUGGGUCCCAUCCCAACCUCACUCCCUGUUCACUGAUUAAAGCCAACAAUGGAAAAAACAAUAACUGCAACAAGAUGGGAGAAGAAGAAAAUCAUGCAUUUUUCAAUUUCUAAGAAGAACAUCACUCAAAUAGGUUUUUGCCUCUACUUAUACUUUAUAACUUUCAGAUAUUAAAGUGUACAGAACCUACUAUAAAUAUUUUUUAAGAGAACAUGUCAUUUUACUACAGCUGUUAGUUUAUCAGGGGUUGCUAAAACAUGAAGUAGAAGUACAUUGCAGUCAUUCCAAGAUUUCUGAAAGUAUCCCUUGCAUGUAUUCAGUUGCAUGUGUGCUUUGGCCAGGGUCUGGGGAUUUUACUUACGUUAAUUCCUUCUGUAUGGAUGCAGCUUAUCAUUGCAACACCGAUGAUGGAUGGAUCGGCCUCUCCCAGGAGCUGAGAUUCUCCGUGUGUUGCUGUCGAGCACGGUUUUGAUUGGAGUCAACUCGAGCAUUUAUCCCUUUAUGUUAACACUGACGUUUGCAGAGCACUAUCAGCCCUGAUAUUUAUUUAUUCGUGUCGUAGAUAGGAAAUGAGAGUUCACGGAAUAACUGUAAAGCACAAAGUGAAUCACGAGUAGCGCUGUGCACCAGGAGGCGGAGGCGGUGUCCGGAGGUUUCCUGCAGUUACACAUAGGAAAGCGUACGACUAAAUGGCCAUGGAGGUCUGCUGAGGAUUUGUGUGUUUGGACACGAGAAGCAUAGGACUGCUCACACUACGCGGGACCUGUAGCUAAUGAUAAGCCUCAUCCAUGUCAGGUCUGCAGUUGCAUGGGGAUACUUUCUCUCUUCUUUUGCUUUCGCAGGCAGCACCAACAACUUAGGCUCCUCUCUGCAUUUUUACGGCUUCACACAGUACAGUAUAUAGAAUGUAGCUUGUACAUAGCCUUUUAAAUUACUACUUUUUGUAUCUUUUCUCCUUAAGGCUUAAUCCUACAUUUUUACCGGUUUUGCUAAUUCUGAAUAAAUGAAUACAAAUAUAUAUAUAUGGAUAUACAUUAUAGUCCUAAUAUUUGAACCUUUAUUUUGUUUUUUGCUUUUUCUUUCAAUAGCAGAGAUUCAUUUGUAACUUUGUUUCCCCCCCUUAGAUUGAAAGGUGUUGCCUGGAAAACAACUGAAGAAAUAAUACAUUUUAUUGUCAUAUGGCCUUACAUACACAAAGCUAAUUGUAUUGUUAUUCUGUUUGAACAAGACACGAAGCUUUGAGGAAAAACGAUAUAAAAAGGAAAAAAAAAAUACUUAAAGUUUCUAUGACCAGCCUCUUGUUCGAGUUCUAGUAUCCUGAAGGGUUUCGGAAUUAUUUUACUAGCACCUUGUGAAGUGUUUAUGUGUCAGUGAUGUAAUUUAUUAAUGUUUGUAGCUUUUUUAUACUUGUACAAUUCUUAAGAGUUAUUGUUUUGAAUAUUUCAUCAACUUGUGAAAUUUCCCUCUGCAGAAAAUUUUAGUUUUUCUUUUUUCCUUUUUGUUUUGGAUGUGUGCGUGUGCGUGUGUGUGUGUGUGUGUGUUUGGGGGCAUCGCAGACAUUUGACACACCAGAAUCUUCAUUAGCAAACUUUUUUUCAAUCCCCAUCCCGUCUUCACUCAGUGUCGAUGUUAUCAUGACGCCAUGGUAAACAUUUCCAAUGUGACAUGUUAUUAUUGUUAAUAUUAUAGGUCCGAGCAGAUGCGUCCUCGCCUCCGUCACGCCGUUUCAUUUUGGUCAGGACAUCUUUAAACAUUAAUGUGCUGCACUCUAUAGCAGCAGUGUUUUAGUCACAGAUGUAAACCACGCGUCCACUCCUCACACAUGAGAUGCGCUCCGAUCAAACUCUGCCAGUGGGACAUAUUUUCAGGUUUUUAUUUGUACAAUAUGUGUGUUGCGUUGUUGUGGUUUAUUUUUGUAUGUCCGACCUAUUAAAUGCAUCCACUGUGCCAGGACAGUGAAUGAUACCUGUUGUAGCUGUCUUCCCUUACUGUUAUUUACAGUACUAGUAAGUAUUUACAAUCCUUUUUGACCUGAAUCUAUAUUUUUCUGUAUUUAGACAAUUCUGUUUGAGAUCAUGGCUCACUUUUUUAAGACAUAGAGAAAUGGCAAACUCCGAGGAGCAAACAUAUUGUUGUUAAAUGAUAUGAUUGUCCGCCUUGUUUACUUUUGCAAUACAGUUACUGUGGAAAACCUCCUUUGUAAUGUGUUCCUCUCCCACUUGCAAUGUGACGGCUUCUGUGGUGUCGACUAAAAAUGUUUUUCCCGCUUCACAUUGUCAUAUUUCAAGUUGCAUCAUACCCUGCACCAGUACGCACACUGAUCACACACUGAUCUGGCUCCUUGCUCUUUUUCAGGCGAAGCUUCAGCCUCUGGUCUCGGUUUUGGGAUCUUGUCUCUCAAAGCUGUAGCAGCUACUUUAGCCAAGUCAUUAAUUAAAACCAAGCCAAAGUCAACACCAUUAAAAUUGUAUUAACGUGAAA